UUGCAUGGUUGUUCUUGGAUUUCUCCAUCCAUCUGUCGGGUCGACGAUGCAGCCAGCCCCGCAAAUACCAGCACGAUACCCGAGGGACCGUCAGAGCACCUUUGUCGCUUGCGGGCAAUGGCAAUAUGGCGCGACAAAAGUUGAGUUCGGCAUUGCAAUGUAGGCCAGGAUAAGUUCUGGCGUCUUUUAUUGCAGGUAGAAGCGUACUUUGGCCAGAAUGGGCUCCAUUCAACGCCCCGUCCGAAUCGCCAACUGUAGCGGUGCUGUCCCUGACCCUGGCGAUCAUAUGCUGAACCAAGCGAAAUAUGGACAAGUGGAUGUCAUAACGGGAGACUAUCUGGCAGAGAUCAAUCUCGGCAACGACGCAGAAGCUUACGCCAAAGGCGGACAUCCCGGGUGGAUUCCAACGGCAUGGGAUGGUAUCCAGAAGACCGUCGACAUAGCAAACGAGAAGCGGAUCAAGAUCGUCAUCAACGGCGGCGGGCUGAACCCGAAAGGCCUGGCCGAAAAAACGCACGAGCUUGUGCAAUCCAAAGGCCUGAAGCUGACGGUAGCCUACGUCCACGGCGACGAUUCUAUGCACAAGAUCCACGAUCUCCUGGCCAAGGAUGAAGCUCUUCCUCAUCUCGACAAGGCCAACUCGAACGUCCAGCUUGCGAAGGAUACCAAGGAAUUCAUCGGCCAUCCCAGUGAGAUGCCGAUUGUGAGCGCUAAUGCUUAUCUUGGCAUGCGGGCGAUUAAGCGUGGCCUGGAUGAAGGCGCUGAUAUCAUUAUCUGUGGUCGUGUUGCCGAUGCCAGUCCGGUCAUUGGCGCGGCAGCGUGGUGGCAUCGAUGGCGGGAGACGGACUAUGAUGCCCUCGCUGGUGCGCUGAUUGCAGGCCACUUGGUUGAAUGCUCGACGUACAUUACCGGCGCGAACUUUGCGGGCUUCUUCAAGCAUGACAUCUCUGAGCUGUUAAGCCUAGGUUUGCCGAUCGUUGAGAUUGAGGCGAGCGGCGACUGUGUCGUGACGAAGCACGAUGCAUUGAACGGCUUCGUCAACGCGGACACUGUGAAGUGUCAGCUUCUCUACGAGCUUCAGGGGAGUAUAUACUUGAACAGCGAUGUCAAGGCCGACAUCACCCACGUCCGCGUUGAGGACGAAGCCAAAGACCGCGUGCGUGUGUCAGGCACGAUCGGUGCUCCGCCGCCGGCGACGACCAAGCUUGCGGUCUUCUACAAGGGCGGAUGGCAAUGUGAGAUGGUGGUGAAUGCGACUGGCUAUGCGACCCAGAAAAAGUUCCAACUGCUAGAAGCGCAAUUGCGCGGAAAGUUGAAGGAUUGGGGUGUUCUCGACAAGCUGGAUAUCGUAGACUUUCAAUGGGUGGGCCGGCCGGAGGCCAAUCCUACCUGUCAGCUCGCCUCCACCACGUACCUACGAAUAUUCGCACAAUCACGGGACCGAGACGCCAUUGCAAAGGUCCUGCCGGCACUCGGUUACAAUACAAUGCAACACUUUGCAGGCUUCCAUUCGUCCCUCGACUACCGGACUGCAGCGCCUCGACCGUUCCUAGGUUUCUACCCGGCUGUCAUUGACCAAAGCGGGCUGGAAGAGAGCAUCAACCUCAUAGAUCAGACGUCUGGGAAAGUACGCAAGAUCGUGGUGGGACCGCCGAAGAAGACCGAGCCGAUCCAAGACCGAGAAGACUACGAGCCCACAGAUCCGGUUGACCUUCGCACAUUCGGCGAGACGAUCAUGGCACCGCUUGGAGACAUCGCGCUUGGUCGUUCCGGUGACAAGGGCGCCAACGUUAACUGCGGUCUUUACGUCCAUAGCGACGAAGAAUGGGACUGGCUACGUUCCUUAAUGACGAAAGCGCAGAUGCGCAAGAUGAUGGGGUCUGACUGGCAAGAGUGGUACCACCUUGAGCGCUGCGAGUUCCCGGACAUUAAAGCCGUCCAUUUUGUCGUCUAUGGUCCUCUGGGGAGAGGCGUGAGCAGCUCGAAGAUACUGGACGCUCUUGGCAAAGGCUUCUGUGAGUGGAUCCGAGCUGUACAUGUGCCAAUACCCAAGAGAUUCCUUGGACAGAAAGGAGAUGUAGCGAAGUACCACGCCCGUAUGUGAGGAGGUGGGACGUGACACUUAAAGCAUGUUUUCCUCUGAGGGUGGUCCAGACGGUCUCUGGGGUGUGGCGCCGCAAGCGGAGAUAGGAGGAGGCUCUCGUGUUUGCGCCAUCAAAUCUUGUAGACUUUCGCAAGAAACCUGCUCUGCAGAUCUCGGUAUUACACAAGCAGAAGUUGCUCGCAUCAAAAGGAGGACGGGAACUCAGGCAAAUCUCUCAUGCAAAAGGUUCCAUUUCUGGAUCUCUCCAGACGGAAAAGCGCAGGGCUGGUGAGAUCAAGUAAGAC